AUGACGGCCGCAUCAGCUAAGUAUAAUAUUAAAGUGUUCUGCCGCUUCCGACCUGUAAUUCAGACAGAGACCAGCUCAUGCAACAAGGACAUGGCUACAUUUCCAAAGGACAACACUGUCAUCAUCGAGGGAACAUCAUAUGUGUUUGAUGGUGUAUUUCCUCCUGAGACCUAUCAGGAGCAGGUGUACAACACCUGUGCAAAACAGAUUGUCAAAGAUGUGCUGGAAGGUUGCAAUGGAACGAUCUUUGCCUAUGGACAAACCUCUUCUGGCAAGACACACAGCAUGGAGGGCAACCUCAAUGACUUGCAGCACAUGGGCAUUAUUCCACGCAUUGCAAAGGACAUCUUUAAUCAUGUGAAUGACAACCUGGAAUUCCAUAUCAAGGUGUCAUAUUUUGAGAUCUACAUGGAGAAAAUCAAUGAUCUUCUAGAUGUCACAAAGACCAAUCUGUGCGUGCAUGAAGAUGAGAACCACGUCCCUUAUGUAAAGGGCUGCACUGAACGGUUUGUGUCCAGUCCUGAGGAGAUCACUAAUAUCAUUAAUGAAGGAAAGUCCAAACGGCAUGUUGCUGGCACCAAUAUGAAUGAGUACAGCUCUCGCAGCCAUAGCAUUUUCCAGAUCGUCAUUUCGCAGGAGCAUGGGGACCAUAAACUCUCUGGGAAACUCUACCUGGUGGAUCUGGCUGGCAGUGAGAAGGUCAGUAAGACAGGUGCAGUUGGAAAUGUUCUGGAUGAAGCUAAAAACAUUAAUAAGUCUCUGUCUGCUCUCUGCAAUGUUGUCUCUGCUCUCACUGAACGAGCUAAAACUCACAUACCGUACCGUGACAGUAAGCUGACCAGAGUUCUACAGGAUUUUCUGGGAGGAAACUGCCGGACAACCAUAUUAAUCUGCUGCUCCCCCAGCAGCCUCAACAAAAGCGAGACCAUGUACACCCUCAUGUUUGGACAGCGUGCAAAGAGAAUAAAAAAUACAGCCUCUAUUAACCACAAGAUGACGUCUAAUGAGUGGCAAAGGAAAUAUGAGAAAGAGAAGGAGAAGAACAAUAUUUUGGAGAACAAAAUCCAGACACUGGAGAUGGAGCGGAGAAACUGGCACAAUGGAACAAACAGUCCUGAAUGCAAAAUCGGGGAGUCCAGGAGAAAGGCUCUGUUCUUCUCCUUUAGCACAGACAGGUUAAGCCACAAAUGCUGCUCCGUGGCAACCAUGGCAGCAAGUGAGUGGCCGAUGGCGCAGACCGCCUGCUUGAUGGCAUGGAGGGCAAAAUCUGUGGUGUGGCCUCUGGGACAGUCUCUCACCUCGGUCGUGGUCCCUCAACAGGUCAGCUUGUUGUUGGAGUCCAUGUUGGGUAACAGUGAUACAAUGCUGACACAACUGGGCCACCUGCAGACUGAGAGUGAGAGUACCAAAACUGAAGUGCAGAAAUUUCUGCAGGCACUAGAGGAACUGAUGGUCAGCUAUGACCAGAAAAAUCAGAAUGGGGAGGAAAACAGCCUCAUCAAUAACAAACAGCUCACUGAGCAGCUUAGAAAUAAGAUGGCAAGUCUGAUGGACCUGGAGGUGGAGUUUGCUCAAAUUCAUGAAGUGAUCUCACAACAGAGAAAGCACAUUUCUGACAUGUUGAACAGGCAGAUGAAGGACCUCAACAAGUUCAACACCAUUCUCGUCAAUGGAGAAAUCACUCUAAUGGAGGAGAUGAGUGGUGCGAUUGAGGAGUUGACUGUGGUGCAACAGAACAAUCAUAAGAUAGAGUCAGAGGUUAAGUCAAUGGUAGAGCACUGCGGACAGCAGGAGAACAUGCAGUUGGAGUGUAAUAACAACAUGGAGGAAACCAGACAAAAUCUGCCCUCCUGUUCGAUGCCGGAUGCCAUCUCACAAGAGGUAGAUCACUGA